UAGCCUCUGCCCAUAAUCUGAGCACCACGGACCCUGCCAGAGCCUCUGACCGGAUGUGUUUCUCUCUCCCUCACAAGCGGUACGUGGAUGGAGGGUUUAGUGACAUUAUACCCUCCUUUGAUGACAAGACGACCAUCACCGUGUCGCCCUUCCUUGGGGAGCAUGACAUCUGUCCUAAGGUCAAGUCCACGAACUUCCUGCAUAUGGACGUGUACAGGCUCAGUCUCCGCUUCUGUUUGGAGAACGUCUACCUGAUCAACCAAAGCCUGUUCCCACCGGAUGUCAAGGUGCUUCUAGAGAUAUGCCUGCGAGGGUACUUGGAUGCCGUCAGGUUCCUGGAAGAAAAAGGCAUCUGUGACAGGCCCCGUCCGAGCCCGAGUGUGCCCUCGGCAGCGCCCGAGUUCCUUCCGUUCUCCUGGGAAACCGCGAGCCCCGAGGCUUCCCCGGGGGCGGCUGCCUGGCAGAGGAGGCCCGAGGUGGCCGAGCUGCUGGCCCACCUGCGUGUCAGCCUCCUGCCCUGGGACGAGAGCGUCCUGGAGACACUGCCGCCCACGCUCAUUGCAGGCCUGAGUGAGGCACUUAGACCCCGAGGUGGCUGCUGGAGCAAGAUCUGCAGGUUCCUACCGGUGAAGGCCAUGUCUUACGUGAUGCUGCCCUGUACGCUGCCCGUGGAGUCCGCGCUCGCCGUGGCCCAGAGACUGGUGCUGUGGCUUCCCAUUCCUGCUGACGUCCGGUGGCUGUUGUCUAUAACCUCCCAGGUUUGUUCUCGAGGAAUGACGCAUCUGCUCCCCACUUCCUUGCGGGUAUAGAUGGACAAAGAGAGAAACAGCUGUUGCUGUGUGUCAGUUACUCUUAUUGAGUUUUCUUGAUAUCCCCAAGCUCUGUCCUCUGACAGGGCCUAGAAGCCCAAAAGGAGUGAGCACACCCAGCACCAAGACCUUGGUUUCUAAACACCAUUCCACGCGAACAGGGGAAGACUCUGGGGGAAUGACUGACUGCCGGGCCGAGCAGGACAAGCACAAGGCGAGCCUGGAACACGGGACGGCAGGAAGCAAGUGCUGAAGGAAUGACGGGGACGUGUCCAAAGGACUCAGGAUCCAGCUUGGCUAACUCUGGGACAGUGUGGGCACCAAAACACAUCAUUUGAAUAACAGAUUGUUCAUGGAAUCAGAGUCUAGCCCGGCCGGCGAGGCUCAGUGGAUUGAGCGUCCCCCAUGCACCAGAGGAGUCUGUGAGUCAAUAAAUGAGAUGAAGGCAUAAA